AUGGCUGCUCCUACUGCAUCGCCAUCAAAUUCUAUUACUGUAAACACGUUGAUGGAUGAGAAGUUCGCAGAAAUCUAUACAGGUGAUGAAACCCACGUCCGAGUAUUGGAUAAUGGACGAACUUUCGAGAAUUUUCGAUUUGGUGCCUGUGCAUGUGCCGUUGGUGUUCAUUCGUAUUCGUCUGGUGUUCACAGUAUCCGAAUCAAGAUUCGUAAGGGCAACCCAAUUUUGGGUAUUCAUGCACGAAAUAUACCACCUAUAGCAGAUCAUUAUUCAAGAGGUUCCUAUGGUAUUGACCCUUCGACAUACGGCUUUGAAAUAGAUCUUGGUCGUGUUCUCAAUGGACGACUGAAACGGAAAGACUUGGAAGAAUUACGAUUUGGAAGAACUGAUAUCGUAUACACACUCAUAUUGAACUGCGAUGAACACCGAUUAAGUUUAAUAGAGGAAGAAAAUGGAGAGCGCGAUGAGGUUGAAGUUGAUAUUUCGCGUGCUCCUUUUCCUUGGUGCUUUUUUAUCGCUCUUCCUCAAAAACUAACUCUUGUAUCACUGAUAUGA